GAUGAGAUGGACAUUUAGAAAAUUAUGGAUAACGUAAAACUGUUGAAAUACAAGAAUCGUGUCAUGUCAUUACAGAAAUGAAACAACUAUGUGUUGGUAGUGAUUCUAGUGAAUUAACUUCGUCCAUACAGGCCACCUAAGCAUUGCGUCGUGUCGUGACUGGAGAAGCUCUGUAGCAGUGAGUUGAGGUCUGACCAGCCAGCCAGUCACCAGCCAGUCAACCAGCCAGCCAGCCAGCCAACCACCAGCCAGUCAGUUACCAUGGGGAACAUCUUUGGCAACCUGCUGAAGAGCCUGUUAGGGAAGAAGGAGAUGAGGAUCCUGAUGGUGGGGCUGGACGCUGCAGGGAAGACCACCAUCCUAUACAAACUGAAGCUGGGAGAGAUUGUCACCACUAUCCCCACUAUUGGGUUUAACGUGGAGACGGUUGAGUAUAAGAACAUCAGUUUCACGGUGUGGGACGUGGGUGGCCAGGACAAGAUCAGGCCGCUGUGGAGACACUACUUCCAGAACACACAGGGUCUGAUCUUCGUGGUGGACAGUAAUGAUCGUGAGCGGGUGAAUGAGGCUCGAGAGGAGCUGAUGCGGAUGCUGGCUGAGGACGAGCUACGAGACGCCGUGCUUCUUAUCUUCGCUAACAAACAGGACCUGCCCAAUGCCAUGAACGCAGCAGAGAUCACAGACAAGCUGGGGCUCCACUCCCUACGUCACCGCAACUGGUACAUCCAGGCCACCUGCGCCACCUCCGGAGACGGCCUGUACGAAGGCCUCGACUGGCUGGCCAAUCAGCUGAAGAACAAGAAGUGAGUGGACCAAUCAGAGGAGAGUGAGGAGAAACCUUAGUGUCAGCUCUUGAAUCAAAAAGUGGUAGUUGGUUUUAGUUGAUCCAUUAAGUGAAAAAUCCUGACAUGGUGGGAGUGAAAUGUGAUUGGUGUGUAGGAAGGGGACUUAGAGAGAAUAUCCCUAUUGCUUGAGGAUCCAUGUCCCCAUUCCUUGAGGACAUUUUCAGCCUGUUGUCAACUAUUACAAAUGGUUCGCGCUGUCCAGCUGCGGGCCAUCAAUGUCAAUACAUUAACCUUAAUAAUAACAUUUAAAAAGUAUCUAGCAACACCAUUUAUUUAUUUAUUUAUUAUUUAUUUCAGAAUGGACAAUGGCAAUGUUAGUUUGGUUUGGAACACAGUAUUAUGCAUGGCCAUACAGUAAACAAUCUCUUGGGAAUGAAA